AUGAGCGACAUCAGCAUAUAUAUCACAUCAGACCUCACCUCCUCCGAGAGGAAAGUAUCUCCCCAGUGGUCAAUUACGCACCUUAAGAUCCGCUUGGAACAGAUCACCGGGAUCGCCCCCAAGUUUCAAACCAUCCACCUUUAUCGCAUUUCCAACUCGAAUGAGUAUGAGGUGGUAGCAGACUCCAACAGUUACAACCGCCAAGCCGAUGAUCACAGCACGGUGGUGGCGCUCAACUUGGUACCAUUUUGCCGUCUUCAUGUGGUGGACGCCGACCCCAACUCUGAAAUGAGCCAGUUGGCGGCAGAAAAGCCUGAAUUUGAAUCCUACCAAAUGACCGAAGAAGAGUAUGCUAAAAGAUCCAAUACGGUGUUGGAGUGGAAAUCUCGCAACCAGUUAGGCCGGUUCGAUCCCCAAUUUAACCAAGAGAAGGCCCGCAAGCUUCAACUUGAGGAAGAAGCAGCCCUGUCAAUGAAGGUUGGUGAUCGGUGUAGAGUCAUCAACAUUCAGGGCGAGAGAAGAGGAACCAUCCGGUCCGUCGGCAAGAUCGAUGUGCUCGACAACGGUGAGGGCGUCUGGGUCGGGGUGGAGUUUGACGAGCCGGUGGGAAAGAACAAUGGACUGAUUGGAAGUGUUAGAGUGUUUUCGUGUAAGGACAAGCACGGAAGCUUUAUCAAACCGCAGAAAGUUGAAGUUGGUGACUAUCCCGAGCUCGAUCCAUUUGGCAGCGAUGAGGAAGAGUUGUAA